AUGCUGUCAUUCCGACGAUUCAAAUCAUCGGUGUUUGGAGACAUCAAAACUAUUAACUACAAAGACCUUUUAGGAUAUCACCAAGUAGGAGGGCUGAGCAAGACAUAUUUCGUCCCAAGGACGUCUAAAGGAAAUUUGCCUGUAUACAAGGAUUACAAGAGAAAGGUCCCUUACACAGAGAUUCGCAGGGUAAGCGGAGACCUGACGUCUUUACGAAACGACUUGCAGGAGGCUCUGAAAGGCCAGACUAAUAAGAAUGACUACAAGUGUGUGAUUCAAAGUCAGAAGGUGAUAAUCAAAGGUAACCAUGUGGAAGCUGUGACUAAACUCUUGGCUGAAAAGUUUUGA